AUGGCGGGGCACUACUACUUACCAUGCCCGGAGCCUGAUCGGACGCUUGGGUCGGUGUUGCACACGGAUGUCGGGGUUCUGACGGUUCUGAUUCAAGAUGAGAUUGGUGGGCUUCAGGUGAAAAGUAUGAAGGAUGAAUAUUGGGUUGAUGUGAAACCCAUCCCUGGAGCUCUUAUUAUCAACGUUGGUGAUCUUCUCCAGAUAUGUAUGCUUGAUAUUAUUUCUAAUGAUGAGUACAAGAGCGUGGAACAUCGAGUGUUGGCUAAUUCUAGCAAUGAACCAAGAAUAUCAGUUGCUAUUUUUUUUAACCCUGGAAGAAGAGGAGAGGCAGAUUUAUAUGGUCCUUUACAAGAGUUAAUAUCAACUAAAAACCCAGCUUAUUAUAGUAAUUCGAAGAUGUCAGAGCAUGUCGAAGUAUUUCGAAGCAACGCACUAGCGUGUAACCGCAUUACAAACCAUUUUAAGCUCUUGUAA